UAUGCAUUAUGCUAUAAUAUAAGUGUACCAUACAUAUUAUUGUACGCAUUGUAAAAGGACAAAGUGGUAAAUGCGUUUGUCUAAUUGUUUGUAAAAUAUUGGUGGAGUCAAGACUACUAAACACUUGUCAUCUACGUACGAGUUCGUCACUACAUAAAUUGGGGUUUUAUUUAUUUUAUUAAAUUGUCCUGAAUUUCUCACCAAAAACUGAUGACUGCUUUAAUAUCUUCUUCAAUAUCACAAAAGUGCGCACCCCUGUCCAUCACUACCGCCAUUAAAGACCACCUUUCUUUUUCUUCUUCUCGUUUUUAUUGCUCACCCUACACGUUAUACGACUCAUCGUUUGGAUGUUUUUCAGAAAGCAAAGCCCUGUAGCUUCAUGGACGGCGGAGAAGAAGAAGCACUACUACGAUGACAGCAAGAUUAGCAAAGAUCAAUCGUUAUCGGUAACUUUCCUUACUGGUACUCUCAAAACAAAUCCCCGCCUCAAAUACAUUGCUUUGAUCCUCCUCUUCCUAUCGGCAUGGUUUCUCCUCCUCUCCUUUCGUUUCCCACUCACCAAAAACGACAGCAAAAUCUCACAACCAGCUGAGCUACCAUGGGUUCCUACUUGUCAAAACGGCACUCUCUCCGUCUACGUAUACGAUUUGCCCCCCGAAUUCAACAUCGCCCUACUCCAACGCUGCCGAAAACUCAAUGUCUACACCGACAUGUGCCCCCACGUCGCGAAUCGCGGUCUGGGCCAACCCAUCUCACCCCUGGGUUCGUCUACGGCGCCGUCCUUGACUAGGCCCAGCUGGUAUGCCACUCACCAGUUCAUCACCGAGAUGAUCUUCCACGCGCGCGUGGAGAAUCACGCGUGCCGCACGUGGGACCCAGAGCGGGCGACACUCUUCUACAUCCCUUUCUACGGCGGACUCGACGCGUCUAGCAAAUUCCGCGAAGCCAAUCUGACGGAGCGGGACGCGCUGUCCGUCCGGUUGGUUGACUUUGUUCAACAGCAGCCAUGGUGGAAACGGAACCAGGGCAAGGACCACUUCCUUGUCCUUGGCCGCACCGCAUGGGAUUUCAUGAGAACUGGACAGGGCGUCGACUUCGGUGCCAACUGUCUCCUCAACCUCCCCGCCGUUAAAAACAUGUCGGUGCUAACUGUGGAGAGGCAGCCCUGGCAAGGGUCCAACCAGCACGGCAUUCCUUACCCUUCCUACUUCCAUCCGUCGACGUGGCAAGAGGUGCGUACGUGGCAGGUAAAGGUCAGGAAUUCGAAGCGCCCCCACCUGUUCUCGUUUAUCGGUGGGCCCAGGAAGGGCCUGGAGAAGGCGGCCAUAAGAGACGAGUUGAUCACCCAGUGCUCCUUGUCAACCCGGUGCGAGCUCUUGAAGUGCGGAUCCAAGUGCCACGAACCGAGCCACGUGAUUGGCGUCAUGAGCCGGUCCGUUUUCUGCCUCCAGGCACCCGGUGACUCUUUCACGCGGCGGUCAACGUUUGACUCAGUCCUUGCCGGUUGUAUUCCCGUGUUCUUCUCCCAGCACACGGCAUAUAGCCAGUACCGGUGGUUUUUGCCGGAGGAUAUCAGCGAGUACUCGGUCUUCUUCGACGAGAAGAGCGAGGCCAGCCGGAGAAUCGAGGAAGAACUCGCCAAGAUUCCUGACGAGAGAGUGGAGCAGAUGAGAGAAAAAGUUACAGCGUUGAUCCCAAGGCUGACGUAUACUCACCCGAACGCCACCGGGGUCGGGUUCGAGGACGCCGUCGACGUAGCUUUGGCGGCGCUUGCGAACCACGUCCAGUUCAAAUGAGCUUAAUUAGGUUGUCAUUAUUUUUUCCCUAAUUAAAUUUAAAUAAAUUCAUGAUUAGCAGUGCAAAAGGAGAAUUUCGAAUAUUUCAUAGGUUGUUUUGUAUGAUAAAUAUAUGCUGGUGACUGCCGACACUCAACUUUAAUUCCUCUCUUCUUUUUUUUUUUUUUUUAGUGUAAAGAAUAAAUUAAUGCAUUUUCAUUUGUGAUAGUGCUUUUGGGUUAGUAAAUAUUAUUUGUCAUACAUUCAAUAGAAUAUUGAUUAUUUGUUUCUUUAA